UCAGCCGAAAUAAAACCUUUUCCUAAAAAAUUUUUUUCUUGCCUUUUGUGACUUCAACCUUAUAAUGGCAACAAGGGUAUAUAUUGGUCGUCUUGCGAGAGAUGCCCGUGAACGAGAUGUCGAAAAGCUUUUUCGUAAUUACGGCACCAUCAGAGAAAUAAAAUUGAUGAAUGGUUUCGGUUUCGUUGAGUUUCGAGACCACCGUGAUGCUGAUGAUGUUGUUUACGCUUUUAAUGGAAAGAGUUUUAUGGGUGAAAAAUUAAUUGUUGAAUACGCUAGAGGAGAACGUAGACGUCGUGACCGUGAUGAUCGUAGAGACAGAGACAGUCGGUUCGCUCCUCCGCAAAGAAAUCCUCAAUACCGAUUAAUUGUGGAAAAUUUGUCAUCAAGCUGUAGCUGGCAGGAUCUGAAGGACCUAAUGCGGAAAGCAGGUGAAGUGACUUUUGCUGAUUGUCACAAAGACCGUGAUGGGGAAGGUGUGGUUGAAUUUUCCUCAUACGAAGAUAUGAAGAAUGCAAUCAGAAAGCUUGAUGAUACAGAAUUGAAGGGUAAACGUAUUAUUCUUCGUGAAGCUCCGGAUAAUGAUAUUGACCGUGAUCGUGAUCGUCGUCGUCGUUCAAGGUCUCGUUCUCGAUCUCCACGUCGUAGUUCUCGUCGAUCACCUUCUCGUUCCCCUCGUAGAAGUUCUCGUCGUUCACGGUCGAGAUCCAAGACUCCUCCUGCUAAUGGUAAAGAACAUGGUUCUCGUUCGGUUUCACCUCGUCGUCGUGAUGAUUCACGCAGUCCAAAAAGAAGUCGUUCCAGAAGUGUUGAGCGUCGUGAUGAUGAUAAGGAUAUGAAAGAUGAUUGAAUUUCUUUUUCUAAAGUGGGCAUUUAUUUUACUUUUAUUUUCAAUUUCAAUUAUCACUUUAUUUUACUAUUGCUUAAAACCAAUUUUCUAGGUAUCUAUAUAGUAUUGUUUGCAAAUCAUCAAAGAAUGAUCCGGAUGCUGAAAUUAAUUUUAUCUUUUUUUUUAGAUAAAGUAAAAAUGGAAAAAAUUUUUUUCUUUAAUUUCUGUAUUGUUUUUACAUAUAUAUUUUCAUUCGAAUUAUUUUUUAAUACAUUAUUUUAUUUACCCUAAAAAUUUUUUUGUUUUUUUGUGGAUUU